CGCACGCUGGUCAAGCGGUACGGACUGAUCGACUGAAAGAGAGGGAAACUUUAGUUAAGAAAGGUCAGUCAUUUAGAUACUAGAACAGUAUGCCAUCAGUGCAUGUUCAGUGUGUCUAAUAAUAGAGUUGGAAAGGCAGGAAAGAGAAGGACUUUACGCACGCUUCUCUCUGGAUAACUGGAGCGUCCCUUUUGCGCGGAGCGAUGGCGCUUUUGGGUUUUAGGAGUUUUGCGGUUUGGAUUUCAUUUCUGACGGGUUUGACUACGGCCAGUUACUCAGAAGACCAGUGCAGCUGGAGGGGAAGUGGUCUUUCUCAAGCGGUAAAAAAUGUGGAGCAGGUUUGGCUACGGUGUGCAGAGGGCUCGGUUGAGUGGCUGUACCCUGCUGGAGCAUUACGUCUUACUCUUUCGCCCCGACUGCCAUGGAGCGCCAUGGGCCCGGCCGAGUCCAGCAGAAGUCCGGUGUCGGCCUGCAUAAAGCCAGAUCCACACUGGGGUGGGGCUCAACUCUACCUGGAGCGAGAUGGGGUUCUGGAGCUUCUGGUGGGAGAUGAGGGUAAGACUCCCAGCCCCACCCAUGUGCGCUGCUUCAGUGCCAUGCCUGGAGAACGACCAGCCCUCUUCCUCCAAGCAACACCCCACCAGGACAUUAGCAAACGCAUAGCAGCAUUUCGCUACGAGCUGAGAGGGGACUGGACAGCACAGCCAUCGGUCAACACAGAUCCAGUCAGCAGCAAAGGAGCUUGCAGACCAUGCAAUAACACUGAGAUUUUGAUGGCUGUAUGCACUAGUGACUUUGUGGUUCGUGGAAAUAUUCGUUCAGUGGAAAAGGACUCGGAUCUUGGGGCGGCAGUGAUCAAAGUGAGCGCCACGCGAGUCUACCGACAAAAGUUUGCACUGUUCCCUGAUAAUGGCCGUCUGAUGCGGUCAGGAGAGAUCCGUACACCGUUACAGUGCGGCGUUCGGCCUGGCUCUGGUAGCUUCCUGUUUACUGGGCGUGUGCACUUUGGAGAGGCAUGGCUUGGCUGUGCUCCACGUUAUAAAGACUUCCUGAAAGCAUACGAGCAGGCCAAACAAUCCCUUACGAUCCCCUGCACACUGGUGAACGACUGAGGGAAGAACAUAGAUCAUGAAUGAGAAGAAACCAGAUGAACACUUGACACUGUCACAUAAUUGUUCAUCUGAGACGAUUUUCUGUGAAAUUAGGGAUCCGUCACUCUUUGUGAGAUUCCCUGGAAGAAAGACAAGGUUAAACAGAGACUCUGUGACACAGGAAGAAGUCUCACUGAAGUCCUUUGGAUCAAGAAUGAUAUCUGAAAAAGGACAUUAGGGUUUUAAUGUGUGUUGAUAUAUCUAAUCGCACUGGUUUAACCCUGAGAGCCCUGAUUUCUCACUACAUUUAGGGGCCCUAAGCAGGGCCCUUGUUGAAACUCAGGAAAACUUUGGACACUUUGUGAUAUGAUCAUAUCAUCGAAAUAUCCAAAGUCAUCAUGAUGUAGGGAGCACACUCCAAACCCCGUAAAUAAGCUGGACGCAAUACAUGUAGCGCAGUCGUUUUCUGCAGUAUUUAACGCCACCUGAAAAAUGUUUUGAUUUUUCAAUAUAUAUUUUUUUUACAUUUUUAAAACACUUGGUUGAGAUUUUGUAUUGAGAGUAUAUAUAUAUUUUUUCCAUUUCAGAAUAAAUAAAAAAAAAAAUUAUAAUUGUCUAAAUUUGCACUGGUAAAAAGAAGGAAAUUAUGGCAAGAUCGCGAUGCUGCAGGCACUGAGAACCAAAAUGCAUAUGUAUAUGUAGCAUAGCACAGUAAGAUGUUUUAUAAAUAUAUAUAAAUAUAUCAAAUAUGAAAUCAGCUAUAGUUUAUAUGCUAACAGGCUGAAAACAGCAUCCAGCUAACGUGAAAGUAAAAUUAAAUGUAACGAAAAUGGAUACAAUAGUGAUAAUAUAUGCAUUACUCCACGGUUACAGUGCAUGCGCUGAUUACCUCAUUGCUAACAUUGUUUUCCACCAAUAGUUUGCUUUUGAAAGUUUCUGACUAAUGUUAUCAAGCUGAUACCAUUAACCAUUAGCGAUACAUUAUGGUUACACUUGUGCUAGCCAAAAACAGUCAUAUCGCCACAUUAAAUUAAUUUAGAUUUAAAUGCAAGGGUAUAAGUUGUAUUUUCGCGUGGCGUUCUGUCUAGCACUCAGCCUUUCAAAGUAUACUCUUUUGAACACCAGCAUAUAAAGACGCGUUUAACACAUGCGCACUACGACUACUUUGUGAUAAGUCACGCAAAGACACGGACUGUUCACAUGUCUAGAAAUACUAGGCUGCACGCAGACAGUCCGUGCGUACUGUGCUAAUGACGAAUUUUCCGAUGCGUACCGUUGCGAGACCUAUGGGCACGCUGAAACCGAAGUAUACUUUGGUCUUUAGGAGGAAGCAGUUCAGAGCACUUUGACGAAAAUAUGAUGCCUUUAUCUUCUGUUAAAUGAAUAGUUGCAUUCACACUGUCUGCGAUUUACAGCGACAAAACGUACGAAAGUCAUUCACUUUCAAUGGCGUUGAUGAUGUGACAAAGUUGAGCAGACUUCAUGCAAAUGAGCAAUGAUGCAAUGCGCUAUCUGCCAAUGAGAAUGCAGACAGUGGAGGUCAUGUAAACCGCCUCCUAAAACCGUUUGAUUCUCUAGCCGUCUACAAAAGUCUUGGCUACUUCUAACGAAUAAAUCUCUGUCAUUGUGAAUGCAACUUAACAGGGUACAAUCAGAAGUCUGGACAAAGCUAGGUAUUAUUUGUAGUUAAAUACUAAAUAUAUAUGUACUUACUAUAUAAUCUAUAAAGACUUGUCUUUUUAAAGCUAAACUACCGGAUGGUAUGGGGUCAUAAAUUCAGAUUCUAUGUUUUCAGUUUUGAAUUCAACACUGACGCUGCCUCUCUCUAUCUAUCGUUCUCCUGCAUGCACAUUUUCUACAAAAGCUUGACAGCACACAAAUAUUGUGGGGGCUGUACCAAAAUAUCCAUUGCUACCAUUCCUAUCAGAGCUUAUAGUGAGUUUUACUGCUGGUCUCAGGCAUGACAGCAGACACUGUCCUCAUUCUAAUUCCAUUCAUCCAAUGUUGCUUUUGUCCAUUUAUAUCCAGCAUUGUCAACAAUGUAUGUGCACUAAACAAAUGAACAGAGAAACCAAACAUGGAGAGCGAACAGAAAUGCAAAGCUGCCAUAUUUUAUGCUGCCUGUGUUUGUUAUUAAUGUUGAGACUGCUGUAUGUAAAAUGUAUAAGAUGUUUUACAGUUUAAAAAAAAAACUGUAUUGAAGAAAUAUUGUUAACAUUGUAGAGUUUGUAUGGAUGUCUGUUUAAAUGAAAGUCUCUUUUUAUAAUAAUAAAAAAACCAUACCU